CAAGAUAUGGCCGUGCAGGUGCUCUGUGCUGAUAGCUGAAGCCAGGGACCAAGGCUGCUUGAUAGGGCCAGGCCACCUGUGGGGCUCCCAUACCUCGUCCUCAUCCCCUAUAAAGCAGCGUGAGGUGAAGUCUUGGCCACGCUGUCACCAUGCUGCAGAUCCUGCUCCUCGCUGCCCUCGCACUGUGUGGAUGCCAUGCAGAGCCGGGUUCUGGUGGGAUGCAACGUGUGGUUGGGGGGACCGAGGCUCCAUCACAUGCUUGGCCCUCACAGAUCUCCCUCCAGUAUUACUCCAGGGGCAGCUGGCACCACACCUGUGGAGGGUCCCUCAUCCGACAGAACUGGGUGAUGACAGCAGCCCACUGCGUAGACAGUAACCUGAAUUACCGCGUCGUCGCCGGUGACCACAACAUCUACCAGAGCGAGGGCACCGAGCAGACCUUCAGCGUCAGCAGCAUCUACAUCCACCCCAACUGGAACUCCAACAACGUGGCAGCUGGCUACGACAUCGCGCUGCUCCGCCUGUCGGGUUCUGCCACGCUCAACAGCUACGUGCAGCUGGCGGUGCUGCCCAGCCAGGGCACAGUGCUGUCCAACAACUACCCCUGCUACAUCAGCGGCUGGGGGCUGACCCGCACCAAUGGGCAGCUGUCGAGCGUGCUGCAGCAGGCGUACCUGCCCGUCGUGAGCUACAGCACCUGCUCCAGGCUCUCCUACUGGGGCUCCACUGUCAAGAACACCAUGAUCUGUGCCGGCGGGGACGGCGUGCGCGCCGGCUGCCAGGGCGACUCGGGAGGCCCCCUGAACUGUGCAGUCGAUGGGGUGUACCAAGUGCACGGCAUCACCAGCUUCGUCUCCAGCUUGGGCUGCAACACGCGCAACAAGCCCACCGUCUUCACCCGCGUCUCUGCCUACAUCUCCUGGAUAUCCAGCGUGAUCUCUUAGAACAAAGCAGCAGGAGGAGGAGAACCCCAACCCCAGCUGUGAGUGUGGACAUAGAGCAUUUCAGCUGGGGACAUUUAUGUCUCAA